GGGCACCGAGCCCGCCACCCCCCCGCCACCCCCCCCGGGGCGCCCCCAGACCUCCCCCCAGACCCCCCUCGGACCCCCCCGAUGCCGCUGGGCCUCGGCCGCCGCAAGAAGCCGCCGCCGCUGGUGGAGAACGAGGAGGGGGCCGGGGGGCGCGGGGGGGGCCCCGGGCGAGCCCGGGGGCGCCCCGGGGGGAGCGUCGGGGCGCGGCCCCCCCCCCCCGCGCUGCGGCCGCGCCUCGUGUUCCACACGCAGUUGGCCCACGGGAGCCCCACCGGGAGGGUCGAGGGGUUCAGCAACGUCCGGGAGCUCUACGGCAAGAUCGGGGAGGCCUUCGGGAUCCCCCCGGCAGAGGUGCUGUUCUGCACGCUGAACACGCCCAAGGUGGACAUGGAGAAGCUGCUGGGGGGGCAGAUCGGCCUCGAGGAUUUCAUCUUCGCCCACACCAAGGGCCGCGCCAAGGACGUCACCGUGGAGAAGAGCGAGGACGCCCUGGGGCUGACCAUCACUGAUAACGGGGCGGGGUACGCCUUCAUCAAGCGGAUCCGGGAGGGCUCGGUGAUCGCGCGGAUCCCCCUGAUCGGGGUCGGGGACGUCAUCGAGGCCAUCGACGGGCGCAGCCUCGUGGGCGCGCGGCACUUCGAGGUGGCCCGGCUGCUGCAGGAGCUGCCCCGCGGGCACUGCUUCACCCUGCACCUCACCGAGCCCCGCCGCGCCUUCGACAUGAUUGCCCCCCGCUCGGGGGGGGGCCGGGGGGGGGCCCCCCAGGUGGGCUCGGGCCGGGGGACCCUCCGACUGCGCUCCCGUGGCCCCGCCACCGUCGAGGAGCAGCCCUCGGCCUUCGAGGAGCGGGCGGUGGCCAAGGUGGACGAUCUGCUGGAGAGUUACAUGGGCAUCCGGGACAGCGAGCUGGCCGCCACGAUGGUGGAGCUGGGCCGGGACGCUCGGGACCCCGACGCUCUGGCCGAGGCUCUGGACUCGCAGCUCGGCGACUUCGCCUUCCCCGACGAGUUCGUGUUCGACGUCUGGGGGGCCAUUGGGGACGCCAAGGUGGGGCGCUGCUAGAGCCCCCCACCCCCCCAGAGGGGACCCCCGGGAUCGGGGACACCCCCCAGGAAUGGGGAACGACCCCAGGACUGGGGACACCCCCCAGGAAUGGGGAACAACCCCGGCAUGGGGGACACCCCCCAGGAAUGGGGAACGACCCCGGGAUCGGGGACACCCCCCCCCUGGAUCCGGGGACCCACCUCAGGAAUGGGGAACCCACCCCAGAAAUGGGGAACCCCCCCCUUCUCCCCAAAAGAGACCCCCUGGACCAGGGACACCCCCCAGGAAUGGGGAACAUCCCCUGGGAAUGGGGAAGACCCCCCUAGGAAUGGAGAACAGCCCCCGGGGUCAGGGGACCUCCCCCAGGAUUGGGGGGUCUCCCCUAGGACCAGCAAAUCCCCCACCCCCUCCCCAGGACCAAGGAUCCCCCCCAUGGGGAACCCCCGGGACCAGGAACAACCCUUGGGACUCGGGAACAUCCCCCAGGACUGGGGAACCCCCCCAGGACCAGAGAACCCCCCAGGGAUAGGGGACCCCCCUGGGGUCAGGGGAACCCCCCCAGGACCAGGGAACCCCCCCAGGGAUCGGGGACCCCCCUGGGGUCAGGGGUACCCCCCGAGGAUCAGGGGACCCCCCAGGACUGUGCCUGUCCCCUACUGUGGGGGACCCCCCCAGGGUUGGGGAAUCCCCCCAGGAAUGGGGACCCCCCCCAGGCCUGACCCCCCCCUCCCAGGACUGGGAUCUCUCCCCAGCUGCUCCAGGCAGGGACCCCCAUGAUUGGGGCCCCCCCCGCUUGCUAAUGGGCCCCCCAAAAGCUGGAUCCCCCCAAAUCUGCUGGAGGUGGGGGACCCCUAAAGUGCCCUCAGCGCCCCCGGGGAGGCCCCCCCAAACCCCCCCUGCCCUCAGGACCCAGGUGUGUGUCCCCCCCCCAAUUCCAAACCCCCCAAAUGAGUUGCCCCCCUCCAAACUGGGCCCCCCCAAUGGACCUGGUGUGUCCCCUCCUGUCCCUAGACCCCCCCCGAAUUAUUUACCCCCCCCAAUGGACCUGGGUACCCCCCCAACUCCAGACCCCCCCCAAAUUACUUGCCCCCCCCCACCUGGGACUCCCCACUGCAUCCUGACCCCCCCCAAGGGACCUGGGUGCCCCCCUCAAAAUCCAGACCCCCCCCAAUUAAUAUCCCCCCCCAUGGGACCCCCCACUACAUCUGGUGACCCCCCCGAGGGUUUGGGUGCCCCCCCCCAGGUGGUCUGGGCCCCCCAAGAGGUGGAUGCCCCCCUAUUUUUUAGGACCCUCCCAUGACCUGGGUGCCCCCCCCCAAAUGGGACCCCCCCAAAGCACUCCUGGGCAUGAAGCCCCCCCCAAACACCCCCCUCACUCUGGGGGUCCCGGUGCCCCCCCCGACACCAAUGCCCCCCCCACGGGGGAGGCUGUUCCCCCUCUAGGGGCUUUUUUUUUUUUUUGGGGGGGGCAGGGGCUGGAGCAGCCCAGGGACCCCCCAAAAUCGGGGACAGCCCCCCCCCCUCCCCGCUGUGCCCCCCCCGGUGCCAAUCUGAGCCUGUCACACACUGUCACACACUGUCCCCCACCCCCCCGCACUGACAUCUCAGGGGGGUCUGGGGGGGCCCGGCCCCUCCCCCCGCCCGUGUCCUCGUCCCCGGGGGGUCCCGGGGGUGCCCCUCCCCCCCGGGAUAUUUUUGUAUCUUGGUGAAAAAUGAUUUUAACAUAAAAAAGAGAAAUCGG